AACAGGGAAAGAAAUUAAAGCUUUUUACUGUCCUAACAACUAGGCUAUAUAAUUAUUUGCUGUACAAUGACUAAUGUGAUGUUAGUUAUAAUACGCCAAUAGACUGUAGACCUAACAGAGUUUAUGAACAUUCAGUUUGUUGAGCAGAGUUUGACUAUAUGCAGUGAAACCUCAAUUCUUAAAAUAGAUGGCAGAAAACGAGAAGUGUGAAGUGGUCAUAUGCAGGCAGUGACAGAAAGAGCACAUUUAUAAAGCUAGUUUAGCCAGUGAAGUAGCUCAGUGUACCUCCACAGUGUCUCUUCGGGAUCAGGGUGUCUUGGGAUCCCAGUGUGUUUUUGACCUAGGAUCAUAAUAACAGCAAGUGUACAAACAGAAGACAGGAGAGGGGACUCAAACUACUAGUUGGGCAAAUCAGGUCGCCAGUCAUGGGGAACCUCAUUAAGGUCCUAGGCAAGGAUUUAGAGAACUGUCCACAUUUUUUCCUGGACUUUGAAAGGGGCUCAUGGGAAACCUCCUGAAAGUACUGACUUGCACCGAACUUGAGCAUGGCCCAAUAGUUUUCCUUGACUUUGAACAUGCACAGCCCACAGAGGCGGAGACAGCCGUGUAUAACCAGGUCAGCGCGGUGCUGGAGGAGGCUCAUGGGAUACUGGCCGAGCUGCAGUCCUAUAAUGGAGCAGGCCAGGAGAUACGAGAAGCAAUACAGAACCCAGGUGACUUAGCUCUUCAAGAGAAGGCUUGGAAUGCAGUCUGCCCCCUGGUGGCUAAACUUAAACGCUUUUAUGAGUUCUCACUCAGACUGGAGAAUGCUUUGCGCAGUCUGCUGGAAGCCCUGACCAGCCCGCCCUAUGCUCCCAUGCAACAUCUGGAGAGAGAGCAGGCUCUAGCUAAACAGUUUGCAGAGAUCCUUCAUUUCACACUCAGUUUUGACGAAUUAAAAAUGACAAAUCCAGCCAUUCAGAAUGACUUCAGCUACUACAGGAGGACCAUAAGCAGAAAUAGGCUGAACAACCAGCAGCUUGAAGCAGAGAAUGAAGUAAAUAAUGAGAUGGCCAAUCGGAUGUCCUUGUUUUACGCUGAAGCCACGCCCAUGCUCAAGACUUUGAGUAAUGCGACAACCAAGUUUGUGUCAGAGAACAAGACCUUGCCUAUAGAGGACACCACAGAUUGCCUGAGCACCAUGGCAUGUGUGUGCCGUGUCAUGCUUGAAACUCCGGAAUACCGCUGCCGGUUCACCAACACAGACACUAUGUUGUUCUGUAUGAGGGUGAUGGUGGGUGUCAUCAUUCUCUACGACCACGUUCAUCCAGUCGGCGCUUUUGCGAAGACCUCCAAAAUCGAUAUGAAGGGCUGCAUCAAAGUGCUGAAAGAGCAACCAUCCAACAGUGUAGAGGGCCUUCUCAAUGCGCUGAGGUAUACAACGCGACAUCUAAACGAUGACAGCACCUCAAAACAAAUCAGGGCCCUUCUGCAAUGAGGAAGGAGAAGAGAGGACAAGAAGAUGAGAGGAAUGAUGCACUUGGAGAGGGGAGGACGCUGUUACAAGUGGCUGAAAAAUCUGUUUACAAAGAAGUUAAAUUAUCCCCAGGAUAGAAAACUGAUGGUAGUGAGAAGAAGAAACAAAUUAUAUAUAUUGUUGGCUGUCCAUCAUCCUGUCUCUCAUUUUGUAAAGUAAGAAAAGAGAAAAGUGUCAGAAAAUAAAGUAUAGAUAUUUAUUGAAAUGACUAAAAACAAGACGCAAAAUAGAUAGGACUUAAAGAGGAAGCUAUAUUGCAAAAUUUAAGGUUGGAACAACAUGUUUAGAAGAGUCGUUUUCCAGCGGUAGUUGAAAUAUUUUUGCACACACUUUGAAAACAUUGCCAUCUGUUUCUCUAAAAUUGGAUUGUAAAUGAACACCCUGAGCUCCUGGUUUUGCCUUGUCCCUCCCGCACACUUAUUCUAAAGGAGCUGAUCUAGCACCUUUAUGUAAGUACAGUUUGUAGUGUCGUGGAGGCUACACUGAUGUACCAACAGGUAAAUAGUGAAGCAAUGUGAUGGAUGCACUCCGGAGAUUUGCUUCCGCCUACUUUGAUUUCUUUGCCACAUUGGUGCAGGUGAAUAUUGCAGGGCACAAGCUGAUUAAAAAACAGCCCAUCAUGCUUACAUAGCUCCAUUUGACCACACCCCCAUUCACCCACGGCAUACAGUACUCAUGGUUUUAUCAGGAACGUAGUCUGGCUGGCUUUACUUGAACAUCAACUUGUCCCAUGGUGCUGAAGUGGCUUAGAAUCUCCAAUGUCUGUUUUUUAGACUUUACAAUACAGCAACCAAUGUACAAAGAAUGAACCAAGAGAUUACUUACCGAUUCUAGUCCCACUUUAGCGCACAAAUGGAUGUGUUUUGAGAACCCAUAGCACACUUACUUGAUCACACAGUGCCAAAGUUGAAAGGUCAAUGCUGUUAAAUGAAGCAGCUGAUAAAGAGGAGUCACACUGAAGUAAUCAGAAGAUAUCACAUAAGAGACUUUAUUAUUGGCUUGGGUGUGGAGAGCAAAUAUCAAAACAUGUGGAAAGUGGUAAAACAGGAGUGAUCUACGAUAUGAUAAAUGAAUCACUGGAUGUCUAUAGCCCUUAGUCUAAAUUAUUUUAUCUUAUAUUUUCUACACAGGAGUAUGUGCUCAAGCAAGUCUGUAUAAACCUAUAGAUGGCAUGUUCUAAAAGUCCUGACAGUGUAAAUAAGGUGUUUUUAUCAUUUUUAAUUGUUCAGUGAUGCUGAAAUUGGGUACGUGUCGUCUCUCAGAAUUUACCAUGCGUUUGGCUUGGACCAUCCGAAUCGCCAUAGUUUCAGAAAUUCUGCGCCAUGAUGAAUGAACCAAAGGGAGGGAGGGGCCUGUGGAGGAGGAGGUGUCAUUUGCUUGUUAUUUUGUACAUUUUGUGCAACAAUAAACAUCAUUUAUUUCAAUGA